UUUAAUCUACACAACGUGUUGGUGUGUUUGGAGGGAGACGGCGGUGGGCAUUGUUUGAGAGAAACGUGUGGACACGAAACUUCCCGUGGAUUUUCCCUCUCGAUCAUUUAUGUGGUUUUAAGGGUUGUUAUACAUUAAUAUAAACUGAUUUACAUUAAUUGACUGAACAUGGCCGAAUUAAAGGAUUAUAAAAAAGUGAAUGAAUCUGAGCCAGUGGAUCACGCAUCAGACCAGUCGUCAGAUGCGAAGGAGGACGAAACAGUAUACUUAAAACCGAAGAUCUCGCUACUUAACGGAGUCACUGUAAUUGUGGGCAGUAUCGUGGGGUCAGGUAUCUUCGUCAGCCCCAGGGGUGUCUUGGCGGGUUGCGGGAGUGUUGGACUCUCCCUGAUAGUAUGGUUACUAUGCGGGUUAUAUUCUAUGAUCGGGGCAUAUUGUUAUGCGGAACUCGGUACUAUGAUAACAAAAUCAGGAGCUGAUUAUGCCUACUUGUAUGAAGCUUUUGGUCCAUUUGUUGCGUUUCUUCGUCUGUGGAUAGAAUGUAUGAUUGUCAGACCAUGCUCCCAGGCCAUUGUUGCCCUCACGUUUGCCUAUUAUGUGAUAGAGCCCCUGUUUCCGACCUGUGACCAGCCUGAUAUAGCAGUAAGACUUCUGGCUGCUGUCUGUAUUCUAUUAUUGACAGCUGUAAACUGUGCCAGUGUGAAAUGGGCGACUCGGGUCCAAGAUGUGUUCACCUACGCCAAAAUGUUGGCCCUGGCCCUCAUCAUCAUUACAGGAUUUGUCCAGUUAGGGCGAGGUGAAUAUGAAUACUUUGUGGACCCUUUUGUAAACACCGAGACUAACAUUGGAAAAAUCAGUGUAGCCUUUUACCAGGGACUGUUUGCUUAUAACGGAUGGAACUAUUUGAACUAUGUAAUAGAGGAACUCAAAGAUCCUUACAAAAACUUGCCCAAGGCCAUCUGGUGCUCUAUCAUCAUGGUAACCAUUGUGUAUGUUUUAGCCAAUAUUGCCUACUUCACAACAGUUACUCCCCCUGAAAUCCUAGGUGGCGCUGCAGUAGCAGUGAUGUUUUCUGAGAGACUCUAUGGAAUCAUGUGGUGGAUCAUGCCUGUUUUUGUGUCACUCUCCACUUUCGGAGGUGUGAACGGUAUCCUCUUCACGUCGGCCAGGUUGUUUUUCGUCGGAGGACGCGAGGGACACAUGCCAAAAGUUCUCAGCUAUGUAUCGGUCAAACAUCUCACCCCCAUGCCUGCUGUUCUCUUCAUGGGACUGUUCUCAUUAGUAUACCUGGUAUCUUCAGACAUGGAGGCCCUUAUUAACUACGUCAGCUUUGUUAACUGGCUGGCCAUUGGAUUAUCGGUUGCCACGCUCCUUUAUUUCAGAAAAACGAGGCCCGACGCCAACAGACCUAUCAAGGUAGCCCUGGUGUGGCCUAUUAUCUACUGCCUGGUAACGAUCAUGCUGGUCGUUAUACCUUUCACAACCAUUCCGACAGAAACAGGUAUAGGAUGUGCUAUCAUUGCCACUGGUGUUCCUGUGUAUGUUUUAUUUAUCUACUGGACUAACAAACCCAAGGAUUUCAACAGAUUUAUAGAGAAAUUUGAGGUGUUGACACAGAAGUUAUUAAUAGUGAUACCUGAGGAGGAGAAACAGGCUCAGGAUUGAUCUGUAAAUCAAAGCUUGGUUUCUUAGCUUGUUAACCUGUGUUUUGAUGUUCAAAUGAGCCAAGGCCCAGUGGGCUUUCCUGAUCAAAAUUUGUCCUUGUUUGUCUAUCUGUUCCCAUUU